CUCGCUCAAACGAACCUCUCCCUCGUUCCUUUUGUGACAUUUUUGCGAAACGUCUACCGCGUUUCCUUGUGGAAAUUAUUCUAAAAAAUCACAUUAGGGCAUGGUCGGUAAAGUUUUCCAGUUGAAAACCCGUGACAUAAAAUCUCUCACCGUGGUUAAGUUUUUUCGUGCCAAGUGCAACUAAACUAUCAAGAUUCCGCCGAUAAUUCAAAGCCUACCCAGUGGGUGGCUUAAUUUGGGAGCACCGGACGAGUCCGGCGCAGGUGGCAGUGCCGUGCGGCACGCGCUCGCUCGACCGCCCCCCGCGCCCCGCCCGCGCCCCGCGCCGCGCUGCUGGCGCCGCGCCCUCAACGUCGACCCACCCUGGCUGCGACGAUCGCCAGCCCGCUGACACUAUACUCUGCCGACCACCAGCUGACACUUGUGGACUAGCGCUACCGGACUCCCACCACCGGGCUCCGAAGACACUUGACCCUCUCCGCACCGCACCCCCCCGCACUCGCAGCAUAGCCGACUGACUCGGCCUCGGCGCACGCCGAGGCUUCGGGCCCGUCGGAGGACAAGCAAAACUCCCACCUGAGUAACGUACGAGUUAUCGAGGUCAAGUCGAUUCGGGACAGUCAAGAUACCCGCAACGAUGAAGGUCAUUGAAGAGGAGCAGCCCGUGUGCGUGAUGGAGGGCCCCUGGAGCCCCCUGAGCGUGAUACGGGAUAUAGUGGACGAGGGGGCCCAGGAGGACCCGUUCUAUGUGAUGGAUCUGGGUGAGGUUGUGGCGCGAUACCACCAGUGGAAGGAGCUGAUGCCACGCGUUGAGCCGUUUUAUGCGGUGAAAUGCAACGACGACAAGCUGCUGCUGAGCACAUUGGCUGCGCUCGGAACCGGCUUCGACUGCGCCUCCAAAGCGGAGAUACAACUCGUCACCUCGCUGGGAGUUCGCCCCGAACGCAUAAUCUUCGCGAACCCCGCUAAGCCCGCGUCACACAUGCGCUGGGCAACCGCCGCCGGUGUCAACGCCAUCACCUUCGACUCGGAGACGGAGCUGGUCAAGACCAAGCACUAUAUGCCACAAGCACAGCUGAUAAUACGCAUCCGUUGUGACGCGUCGUCCGCCCAGUGCCCGCUGGGGAUCAAGUUUGGGUGCGAUCCGGUCACCGAAGCCCCGCGUCUGCUGAAGCUGGCUGCAGUGCUCGGCCUCAGCGUGGUGGGCGUGUCGUUCCACGUGGGCUCGGGCGCGGCGGAGUCGGCCGUGUACGCGCGCGCCGUGCGCCUCGCGCGCGACCUGUUCGACGCGGGCGGCGCCGCCGGACACCGCAUGCGCGUGCUGGACGUCGGCGGGGGCUUCCCCGGGAACAGCGGCACCUGCAUACGGGAGGUAUCGUCGGUGAUCAACACAGCUCUGGAGACCCACUUCCCGUCCCGCGACGUGCGCGUGAUCGCGGAGCCCGGCCGGUACUUCGCGGCGGCCGCAUACACGCUGGCUACCAUGAUACACGCCACUAGAGAGCUCCCGGCCAAAGAGGAAGAGGGCGGCGCGAACCACAUGAUGUACUUCAUCAACGACGGCGUGUACGGCUCCUUCAACUGCGUACUAUAUGAUCAUCAACAGGUCGUCGCCGAACCGCUGGAGCCGAGCUCCGAGCGCGCCCAGCCGUGCUCGCUGUGGGGCCCCACAUGCGACGCGCUGGACUGCGUGCUCCCCGCGUGCUCGCUGCCCCCGCAGCGCGCGGGCUCGUGGCUCGUGUUCCGCGACAUGGGCGCCUACACGCUGCCCGUCGCCUCCGCCUUCAACGGCUUCCCCACGCCCAAGGUGCGGGCCGUCGUGGACAAGCGAUUGUGGUCGACCCUCAAGGAGCUCUGGCCGCUAACGGAAGCUCACUUCUCGUUCGGGCGCGUCACGGCUCCGCAGACCCCGCCGCCGUCCCCCGAGCCUCGCACUCCGCCCCCCACCACCCUGAACCCCCUCGAACACACGGUGUUCGUCGAGUGCGCGCUCAAGUGACCGCUAGCGACUAGGGGCUGAGUUGUUAGACAAGUGGUACAGGAUUGCCAUGACGUAUAUAUAAGCUGGCAACAUCUUAGAAUUAUCGGACAUAAAUGUACAUCACUGUUACUGGGUUGUCGAAAAAAAAUAAAGUAUUUAAUAUGGCAACACCUUAGGACUGAGAGACAUGCAUACAUACAGAUGUGUAGGUGACAUUUUGUUAUCAAAAUGUAUUCGUUUAUUGGACUGUAAUAACUUAUGUACUUGAUUGUUGAUUAUGCGUGAUGGCAACUCUGUAUCAUCUGUAUCGUUGGUUAACAAAUUUCCAUUUUUUUUUUUGUGACUAACACCAACGUUUUGAAUAUAUUCAUAUAGUUGUAACAAUAUCUAACAUUUCUUUUUACUAAAAAUUUAAAUAAAUUAAAAAAAAAGUAUUAUUGCAACAAAAAAAGCUUCUCCCUACUUCUAAUGUAAUCUUUUUAAUUUUAUAAUUAGUAACAAAACUAAAACACUAAUAUUAUAUCAUACCUAUUGAUAAUUAAAUCUUAAUCUAAUACUUAGUAAUUUGUAUAACCGAAUGUCUAAUGACUAUGCCCAUUUCGCUGAAAAAAAAAAUUAAAAA